AUGAAGGGUCUCGUGCUUUCCACCGUCCUCGCUCUCGCGCCCGCCGCGCUCGCCGCCUGGCCCCAGGCCGAGGGAAAGGAGAUCAAGUACACGUCGGUUCCUGGCUACUUCUUGCAGGACGACAACAGCACCAACCCGACCGGCUUCGACUAUGCGACGGUCAACUUCGGCCUGAUCGACAGGGCGUACCCGACUGACAAGCACUUCGACCCCGAGGGCGUCAAGACGCAAUGGCAGCGCUUCGAGCACUGGAUUCAGUACUUGAACUCGGGUUGCCGCAAGAGCGACAGUACGCAGUACAAGGUGCUGUUCAUGGGCCGCCACGGUGAGGGCUGGCACAACGCUGCCGAGUCAUUCUACGGCACCCCCGCCUGGAACUGCUAUUGGGCCGAGCAAGAGGGCAACACCACCGCUCGCUGGGCCGACGCCCAGCUGACGCCGGCGGGCGAGAGCGAGGCGAACAAGGCCAACGCCUACUUUAAGGACCGCUACGCGACGCAGAAGAUGCCCUACUUCGAGUCGUACUACACCAGCCCGCUGAUCCGCUGCGGCUUCACGGCCAACAUCACCUUUGGCGACAUCGAGUUGCCGGCCGACAAGCCCUUCACGCCCAUCGUCAAGGAGGGGUUCCGCGAGGGCAUGACGGUGCAUACGUGCAACUGGCGCUCUAACAAGACGUACAUUGCCGAGACGUUCCCCUCGUUCGAGUUCGAGGCCGGCUUCACCGAGUACGACGAGCUCUGGCGGCGCGACGAGGCGGAGACGAGCGAGGCGCAGGCGGCACGGUCCAAGGAGGUGCUCGACGAUGUCUUCCGCACCGACGACAAGACGUGGCUCAGCAUCACGGCCCACUCGGGCCAGAUCACCAAGCUCCUCGCGUCGCUGAACCACCGCGCCUUCCGCCUGUCAACGGGUCAGAUCAUCCCCGUCUUCGUCAAGGCCGAGGUCGUCGAGCCGCAGCCGCAGCCGACGUUUGCGGCCCACGAGCCGUACUCGACCUGCGACGCCCCGCCUAUCACUAGCAUCGCCGGCCAGGGAUGCGUCUGCGCAACGGCUACGUCGGCGCUUCUGCCGGCCGCCACACUGAAGGCCAUGUAA